AUGAUGCGAAACGGGUUAUGGCAGCAGAAGCAGAAGCGACCGACGGCAUGUCUGCUUUGCCGCUUUACCUACAGCUACGGACCCUUCACUCGUCCCGCACGCAGGGCGCCGUUCAACGGGAGAGCUUUCUCGACCAACGAACUACCCAGCUGGGCGACCCAAUCGAUACCGGAGGCCCCGACGACGACCCCGAACAAUAGCGGCCUGCUUCCUCAUGAACUAGCUGCCCGAGAGAAGGCCCUAAGCCGCAACCAACCACCACCCCCGCCCCCGCCUCGACCCCGGGCCCCGCCAAAUACACGCUCGGGGCCGGCGAGAGUUGGCCCGGGGAACGAUGGCUUGCUUCCGCAUGAGCGGGCCGCUAGGGAGAAAGCACUGGCUCGGUCACAGCCCGUACGCCCAGGGGCUAUGCCCAUGAAUGAUGGCUUACCCCCGCGGCCUGCACAAAGGCCAUUAGCGGCGAGGCCAUUGCCGUUCACCCCGCCGGUUCCUCCCGGACGCCGAGAUCCUUUGGGGAAUAUGCGGGGCCCGAAUCGGCCAGGCCCUCCUCCUACGACUCAACCGCAACCCGGGGGCUGGGCGUCAGCCGCGCCGUCAUGGGCUGCCGCAGCCCCUGGAGCGACCCCAUCGGCAGCCGGGGGCCCCGCCGGGGCACAACCGGAUGUCCCGAAACCGCAGCAGCAGCAAGCAGACCCUCUAUCAUUCCUUCUUCCGCAUGAGCGCGCAGCCAGGGAGCGGGCUCUUGCGAGACAUGGGCCGGCCGAACCAGCUAACCCACCACCAACUGCCGCCAACCCGUGGGGCGAUACUGGCGGUGUUGACCAGGAAUUCGCAGCGCUACAAAGCCGUCGCACUACCCGAGUGGGUGCGAGCCCUGGCGUACGUAGUGACGGGGCGCAGAAGAGGCCCCCAGGCGACUUGAGUGACCUUGUCCGGUCCAUCCGGGAGACUGGAAAGAGUUUAUUUGUUGACCCACAGCAACAAACGUCGUCGUCGGAUUCGGCGAGCGCGGGUGGCGGUGACUGGAAGAACUUGGCUCGUCGGGACCGCACUCCCCCGCCCAGCUUCACUCCCCCGGCGUUCGACUCAACCCCACCUCCACCGCCAGUACGCCGUACCCCUCCGGCCCCGACACCAGGUGUUGAUUGGGCGGCUCGGGAGGAGGCAUGGGAUGCGAUGCUGGAAGCAGAUGGAAAGAAUCGCCGAGAGACUCUUGCCAAGGCAGAGGACGGCAGCUGGGACUGGGCUGACGACCACACGGCCAAGGCGAAGGAGGAGAAGGCCGCUCGCGCUGUCCGGGAAGCCGAAGAACAGGGGGCAGUGCCUGGGGCCGUCUCGGGCGAUGCGGCCGCGGCGCAAGCUGCCGAGAGUGACCGGCGCAAACGAGGCGCUCGCGGGGGUCGGGAGGAGCCCGUGGCAGCGCAAAAGAAGACGAAGAAAACUAAGAACCGACGUCGGCAGUCGGAUUACGAGAACGACGACGAUUUCGAUAAAGCCGAGAAGGCACAACGGGAGCGGGAACGCCAGCUGGCGCUAGAGGACGCCGGGCCGACCCCGAUCCUGCUGCCCGAGUUCAUCAGCGUGGCCAACCUGGCGAUCGCGCUGGGUCUCAAGAUCGACGUGUUUGUGUCGCAGCUCGAGGAGCUCGGGUUCGAGGAUGUCGGCAAGGACAACAUCCUGACGGGCGAGACGGCUGCGUUGGUCGCACAGGAGUACGGCUUCGAGCCCAAGGUCGACAUGGGCGAGGACGAGGACCUCCGGCCCGCCCCCGUGCCCGAAGACCCGACCUCGUUGCCGCUCCGCCCACCUGUCGUGACCAUCAUGGGCCACGUCGACCACGGCAAGACCACGCUGCUGGACUAUCUCCGCAAGUCAUCCAUCGUGUCGCAGGAACACGGCGGCAUCACACAACACAUCGGUGCUUUCUCGGUCCAGCUGUCGUCCGGCCAGCAGAUCACCUUCCUGGACACCCCGGGCCACGCAGCGUUCUUGUCGAUGCGCCAACGCGGCGCCAACGUCACGGACAUGGUGAUUCUCGUCGUGGCCGCCGACGACAGCGUGAUGCCACAGACCCUCGAAGCGCUCAAGCACGCGCGGGCAGCCCGCGUGCCCUUCAUCGUAGCCAUCAACAAGAUCGACCGGCCCGAGGCCAACAUUAACCACGUCAAAUCCGACCUGGCCAAACACGGCGUCGAGCUCGAGGACUUCGGCGGCGACGUGCAGGUUGUCUGCGUCAGCGGCAAAACAGGCCAGGGCAUGGAAGACCUCGAAGAAAACAUCCUACUCCUCGCCGAAAUGCUCGACAUCCGCGCCGACCCGGGCGGCAUGGCCGAAGGCUGGGUGCUCGAGUCCACCAUCAAACCCAUCGGCCGCGUCGCCACCGUGCUAGUCAAACGCGGAACCCUCCGCCCCGGCGAUUACGUCGUCGCGGGUCGCGUACAAGCCAAGAUCCGCUCCCUCCGCAACGAAGCCGGCGUGGAGAUCGACGAAGCCGGUCCCGGCAUGCCCGUCGAAGUCCUCGGCUGGAAAGAACCCCCCGAGGCAGGCGACAUGGUUCUCCAAGCCCCCGACGAAGGCCGCGCCAAAGCGGCCGUGCGGUACCGGCAGGAACUCAAAGAACGCGGCGACGUGAUCGGGCAGAUGGAACAAAUCGAAAAAGACCGCCGGGAGCGCGAACGCGAGCGGGAGCUCGAAAAGGAAGCGUUGAAAUCCAUCGCCGAAGCCGCUAACCUGCGACCCAACCGUCGCGGCGGGUAUCGCAUGUCCCCCGAGAUCAAGAUCCAACAGGUCCCCUUCAUCGUCAAGGGCGACGUGCACGGGUCUGUCGAAGCAGUCUCCAUCGCGCUGAUGGAGCAAGGCAACAACGAGAUCCGCGCCAAGGUGCUCGUUUCCGCGCCCGGGCAUAUUACAGAAUCAGACGUGGAAUUAGCCGCUACCACGGGAAGUGCCAUCAUCAACUUCAACAAUCCCGUGCCGCCGCAGAUUAAGCGGCUGGCGCAGGAUGCUAAAGUCAAAAUCCUCGAGCAUAAUGUGAUUUACCAUUUGAUUGAGGAGGUGCGGGAGCAGCUGGCGGAGGCGCUGCCGAUGGUGGUGGUGAAGAAGGUGGUGGCCGAUGCGGUGGUGCUGCAGGUGUUUCCGAUUAAUAUUAAGGGGAGGAAAUAUAAGAAUAUUGCGGGGUGUCGGAUUGAAAAUGGGAUUGUGAAGAGGGGGACUAAGGCGAGGGUUAUUCGCGGGAAGGAGAAUGUUUAUGAGGGCACGAUCGAAACACUCAAGAACGUCAAAAAGGACGUGGACGAGAUGAAAAAGGGCAGCGAGUGUGGUCUGUCGUUCUCCGACUGGGACGAGUUGCAGGAGGGGGAUAUCGUGCAGUGCUACGAGGAGGUGAACGAGAAGCGGAAGUUGUAG